UCAUCCUCGGCCAGGGAAGAGUUCGUCUACCUAGCGAAGCUCGCGGAGCAAGCGGAGCGAUACGAAGAGAUGGUCGAGUUCAUGGAGAAAGUCGCCGAGGCCGUCGACAAAGACGAGCUCACCGUGGAGGAGCGAAACCUCCUCUCCGUUGCCUACAAAAACGUGAUCGGCGCUCGCCGCGCCUCGUGGCGCAUCAUCUCCUCCAUCGAGCAGAAGGAGGAGAGCCGCGGCAACGACGACCACGUCGCCACGAUCCGCGACUACCGAGGCAAGAUCGAGUCGGAGCUCUCGAAGAUCUGCGACGGCAUCCUCAAGCUCCUCGACGAGAGGCUCGUCCCGGCCUCCGCGAACGGAGAUUCCAAGGUUUUCUACCUGAAGAUGAAGGGGGAUUACCAUAGGUACUUGGCUGAGUUUAAGACCGGGCAGGAGAGGAAAGACGCCGCGGAGCAUACACUCACCGCUUACAAAGCCGCUCAGGACAUUGCUAACGCUGAAUUGGCUCCAACGCACCCGAUCCGUCUUGGUCUGGCUUUGAACUUCUCUGUCUUUUACUAUGAGAUUCUCAACUCUCCAGACCGUGCUUGCAGUCUCGCUAAGCAGGCAUUUGAUGAUGCAAUCGCUGAGUUGGACACUCUAGGCGAGGAGUCAUACAAGGACAGUACUUUGAUCAUGCAGCUUCUCCGUGACAACCUUACUCUCUGGACUUCUGACAUGCAGGACGAAGGUACAGAGGAGAUCAAAGAAGCGGCAGCAACAAAGCCUGCUGAAGAGGAGAAGGAGACUUAAGUCUGUUAUUCAGUAUUCUAAACUCAUCCAACUAUUAUGUUAUUUCCCUUGUGUUUGUUUUUCUAAUCUCUUCCGUUUGCCAUCCCCGAAGCUUCUAAGGCCGUCUAUUCUUGUCCUUUGUUUGCUCUUCCUAAUCGUGGAUGCUGCUGGGUUUAUUAUCUUGUUUCUUUUUCUUCUUAUUUGAUUGAAUGUUGUCGGGCUUUGUGCCUUGUACUGAAACUAAGAUUGCUUUCUUAUUAAUGCCAUUUAUCAGGUGAUG